GUCCCCUGGCACGCCAGAGCCCCAGAGUGCGCGCUGGAGGGUGGAGCGGGGAGAAGGAGGAGGAGGCACGAAGGAUGGGAAGCAAGGAAGAUGCGGGCAAGGGGUGUCCGGCGGCCGGCGGCGUCUCCAGCUUCACCAUUCAGUCCAUCCUGGGCGGGGGCCCCUCGGAGGCGCCACGGGAGCCCGCCGGCUGGCCGGCCAGGAAGCGCAGCCUGUCCGUGUCCUCGGAGGAGGAGGAGCCGGACGACGGCUGGAAGGCACCCGCCUGUUUCUGCCCAGACCCGCACGGCCCCAAGGAGCCCGGCCCCAAGCACCACCCCCCCAUCCCCUUUCCUUGCCUGGGCACCCCCAAGGGCAGCGGAGGCGCGGGGCCGGCGAACUCGGAGCGCACGCCUUUCCUUUCUUCUUCGCACCCAGACUUCAAGGAAGAGAAAGAGAGGCUCUUGCCCGCGGGCUCGCCGUCGCCGGGGCCCGAGCGGCCGCGGGACGGCGGCGGCGCCGAGAGGCAGGCGGGCGCGGCCAAGAAGAAGACGCGCACGGUCUUCUCGCGCAGCCAGGUGUACCAGCUCGAGUCCACCUUCGACAUGAAGCGCUACCUGAGCAGCUCGGAGCGCGCCUGCCUUGCCUCCAGCCUGCAGCUCACCGAGACCCAGGUCAAGACUUGGUUCCAGAACCGCCGCAACAAGUGGAAGCGGCAGCUCUCCGCGGAGCUGGAGGCGGCCAACAUGGCGCACGCGUCGGCGCAGACUCUGGUGGGAAUGCCGCUGGUGUUCCGGGACAGCUCGCUGCUGCGCGUGCCGGUGCCGCGCUCGCUGGCCUUCCCCGCGCCGCUCUACUACCCGGGCAGCAACCUCUCGGCCUUACCUCUCUACAACCUCUACAGCAAGCUCGACUACUGAGCGGCCCGCCGGCCCCGCGCCGCCCGCCCGCUCCCCGCCAGCCUGGCGCGGGCUGCCCCCCCU